AUGAAUGUCGCACAGUUUUUAACCGGCCGUGUGGAAGAGUUGGCUGCAUUUUCUGCCUUGUUGUUUCGUAAACGACCUCGUCAUGAGAAUGAGAGGGCCUUUUCUCGUACGGCACGCUCUGUUGUUCACUACCGCCGUCCGUCUUCUGCGAAUGUGCCGCUGUCAGACGUGAUGCGGUUGGCGAAUUUUCGCUCACGGAGGUCUAAACGUUUUGUGCGACUGUUGGCAGCCGAGGAGCCUCCACCAGCAACACCGAAAACAGUCGAAGAAGAGAAAGGACGGGUGCAGAAGAAAAAACGUCCUCUAACUUAUAGGGCGUGGUGCUUGCUUUUAAGGCGACGCCGUAGAUUUCUGUUGAGGCGACGAGCGACGACACGUCGUCGAAUUCGACGUCGGAUUAUUGCUCUUCGUUACGGCAAGACGCAACUUCCCCUUUGCAGCUGUGGACCUCCUGCUGCUGCACCUCAACCUUCUCUUCCCCAGUGUCUCUCUACGCAGGCCUUUUCCUCUGGUGGAGGCCGGACGGCAGUGCUUUGGCUGCCCACCCAUUGGCGAUUUUGCCGUCGGUUCCAUUACAGUGUUCUCAAGACGCGUAUUGACGGCUGUUCCUCAUCACCGGAUGACGACUUUUCUUCGAGGCUUGUGACCGUGCGGAUUGCUGUGCCGACGACAAGCCAGCGUAAACAGCAUCGUGUCCUACAGCGAUGGGCUGCACGGCUGCCAUCAUGUUGUGCACUGGGAAAACCUCCCCGACGGCUUAAAAGCAAGCCAAUGGCUGUUCCACCGCCCUUGUGUUUUGCGGCCGAACGCUCUCAUAUGUGUGUCUGGGCAAUCCAACCACGGGAAAACGGGCACCCAUUAACUACCGAGGAGGUGAUGAACAUUUUGAUGAUACAAACCUGUAAAGCACCCCCGGUUACUCUUCACACGAGAGAUCUGGCGACGAUGGCAGAAACACCGGUUAAUUCCUUGCCGUAUGAAACGUGUUGGCGGCGUACUGAGAGUGGCGUUUUUUACGGGUACAUGUGGUCUCUGGGAAAGGCUAUUAGCAAAGCGAAAUGGUUGUUGAGGGGAGGCGUGGAAUUGUUUGACACCGACACAACACCAAUAGUUGUGCCCGUUAUACUUCUGCGGAAUGAGGAUGUGGAUGGCGGUACGUACCAUCUUGUGGCCUCCACACCUGUGCACAUUGGGGCUCGUGCCAGACGAGGAUUAGAAAUGCGACUUGUUUCUCAUUGGAAUCCCUGUGGUGCACCCAAACCCAUGUGUUCCAUGUUUGAACUCUGGUGUUGUGCUGAUGCAGUCAGCGUGGAGGGAGCCGAUAUGUCGUCGACGAGGGAUGGCUCAUUCAUCCUAGAAUGGAUACGGGGGCGAGUGCAUGCCACUGUGGGAAGAUGGUGUAGAGUGAAUAAGAUUUCCUCAUUUGCACAACAAGAGGGAUAUGAAACAAACAACAAUUCAUCAUCACUCAUUAAAAGAACGACGGUGUGCGUUUUCCCGUCAAUUCCACCAAACCUCGAAACCAUUGAUCAUACCUCUUUUCCUGUGCAUCGCUGUGUUAUGUCUAUUCUUGUCUUUUCCAAAGAGUCUUUUCCCCAAUUGGACACAACCGGCAGCGCCGUGCGGCGGGAUCGCAUGUGUCAUUUUCAGUUCGCCCGGAAGCUUUUUGCUUCUCUGACUGACGCCACGGCCACCGCGUGGAGAACGAU